AGGCACGCGAGGCGGUUCGUGCUGCGGUCGCGUGCCGCAGUGUCCGCCGCCCGCGUUCGACCACGCGCCAUUCGAGAUAGAGUGAAGCUGCCGUCUGCCAUCACCGCAGUUCAGUCGCGCGCCGGCACUCUUCCGUGACGCACGCCCUACGUCACACUCGAGACAGCAAACUCGCGCGAUAUGCAGUGACUACUUCUAGUUUCCAGUGAUAGUGCGUAGAAACUAUGGUGACUGGUACAGGCCCCCAGGCCGAUAUGAACGCAGUGGCGGUGAACAAUAUGACUUCGCCCGCCCAACCCGAGACGAAGAAGUCCGGCGAUAACAGAAGGAGCAACAAGCCAAUUAUGGAGAAACGGCGGCGGGCUCGUAUCAAUAACUGCCUGAACGAACUCAAGGCGCUGAUCCUUGACGCCAUGAAAAAAGACCCAGCACGACAUUCGAAGUUGGAGAAAGCAGACAUACUGGAGAUGACGGUGAAACAUUUGGAAGGUCUACGUUCCGAGAGCAAUGGUUCUCCUGAUCGGUUCCACGCGGGCUACCAGCAUUGUUUGUCCGAAGUAGCCAAGUUCCAGGAAUUGGACACUAGCCUUAGGAGACGCCUCGUACGACACCUCGAAGGCUGUGUUUCUAACCCCAACGCAAGACCAGCGGGAGCUCCUACUCCACCAUCUGAUACAGAGGAUGCGAAUUUUUCACAACACUCAACAAUUUUUAUAUCAGCCGGUCCAGGAUCUGGAGUGCGCUUAGUACCAACGAGGCUUUCUAACGGGGAUAUUGCGUUAGUUUUGCCUUCUGGAGUGAGUGCUAGCACUUUAGGCUCAGUGCCCACCUUGGUCCCGCUCUCUCCGAGAGACGGAUCAUCGUCUUCGUCCUCAGAACCGAGAUGUUUCUCCCCUGCAAGCUCCGGUUGGAGUAGUCCUCCUCCCUCAGUAGACGAGCCUGUUCCCCUUGCGCUCGUUACUAGAAGACAACCGCCCGAAGAAAAACCCUGGAGACCUUGGUGACAUACUCUCAAACAGAGCAGACUAGAUUAAAUAUACGAAUCACACCAUCUGCUUUGAAGUUGGCUUUGCACUCCAUUCCCUAGAUUGCAGUCUGUGAUAUAAAUUUAGAACUAAGUUUUGUUUAUGAGUUGCGUGUGUAAAUUAAAAGCUUUUGUUUGACAGAGUUUCGAAGUUCCUAUGUGUGAAUGUAUAUGUUAUAACAUAAUAUUUACAUACAACAAUAUAAUGAUAGAUAAUUAUAAACAACAUACGACAGUGGAACAACCAAAUUUAUUACAAAAUUUUAGUCGCUUAAGCGCCUUUAAGGUGUUUAAAUCUUUCAGGAAAAGUCAAAAGUCAAAAGAAUCGACGCAGAAAAAAAGCUUAUUACAAUGAUACUGAAUAUGUACUUCUUUAUUUUAUAACUCAUUUUCAGCCUAAGUGGCGUUUAAGCAACUUUGGCUUUCGAUUGUCGAUAUACCUUCACGGUACCUACCUUAAUUGGUCAGUAUAUUAAUUUUGUGUGAUAUUUGUAAUGACAUCAAUUUUGUUGCACAUUGACUAAAGCGCGAUUUAAGUUAUUAUGUUAUUUCCCUAGUGUAGAAUUAUACAAGAAUAGUGACAAUAAACCAUUUUUAUAUAAACAGCUGUGGUGUUUAUAAAUGAGAACGGCACUUUCUAAUAAAUUGAAGAGCUCGUGCAACAGAGUUGAUCUGAAUGUGUUUAGAUAAGCGAUAUAAAGUUGAUUUAUCAUUUAAAUUAUACAAAGACGCCAUCAUUAUUUCGAUUGAUAUGGUUUGUUUAAGUACUUAAUACAAUUUUAGGUUAAUUAUGUAAAUUUUGGGAUGACAUCUGAGGCAGUAUUUCAUGAAUGUAUAUACGAAUAUAAGGACACGUCCUAUAAUGAGUAAAAUAGUUUAGUUGUUACAUUAGGACUUAGUGCCAUGUAUUUUGUUAUUUCCAUCGCCAUUAAUUUACACUGAUAUUUGUAAAUAAGAUAAAUUGUUAAUGGCCAGUAUAACAAAUAAUUAUAAUCGUGUUGAUAGGUAUUUUAAUAUAUCUUAAUUUAUAAACCAGGAUAAACGCAUUGAAUGAAUUCAUUGUGCCUUACAGCAAAAUCCUACAGUCUUCCAGAUUUAUUUACUAUACAAUGAAUUAUUUAAUUUAAUUAUUAGUUAUAGAAUAAAAUCAUGAGCCCCAGCUUUGAAGCCAACACAAUACAAUCCUUCAAGGUAAUGGAUCUUCCAUUACCUAUAGAGUGCAUAAUGUAUUUCUGACAAACAAUUUUAUUUCUCUUUGUAUCAAAUCAAUCGAUUUAUUCUCAGAAUGUAAUAAAAUCGUAUGACUUAGAAUCGUAAGAUUGGUUCAAAAUUUAAAAUUAGAACACGAAUUUUAUAUAAAUUUCAAAUCACACCGGCGACUUCUGCGGUAAAGUUUGCCCUUACAGAAAGCACUGCUGAUAUGUUUUAAUAUAAUAAGGUGAUUGUGAAUCACCCGUUCCUGUUUCUGAUUUUCAUAAAACAAAAUGUGACUUAUUUUACUUGGGAUAAGAGCAAUGUAUGAAAUAUUGUCAAACAUUAUAAAAUGUACGUUACCUUCAAACCAGUAGCUAAAAUUUGUCUUCCUUCACAAGUUACCGUUAUAAAGCAAUAAUUAAAGGAAACCAACCGUAUUGUUUAAGUCUGAAUGUAUUUUAGUUCUUCCAUAAAGAUAUAUCUUUUAAUUUAUGAGUAUAAUAAGAGAAUGGCUAGUUUCGUAAUCAUUUUACUACAUACUUUAUGUUGUCACGUGGUAGUGUUUAACUUCAAUAAAAUAGCCUUAUUUAGGUAUAUGCUUGCUGGAAACCAGUUUCGUGAUACUAUUUAAGAUUUUAAUAAUAAGAUUUCAUUUAAGAUGAUGUACCUAAAACAAAU